AUGCGGCGCUCGCUCGGCCUGCUCCUCCUGCUGGCGGUGGCUGCGCUGGCCGCGCUGGCCCCCCCAGCCGCCAGCCAGCCCCCGGCGCUCCUGGCCGCUUCGGCCCGGCGGCCGACGUCAGCCUUGUCCUCGGUCCUCUCGUCCUCGGACUCGGCGCCGGCGGCCUGCCCGCCGGACACGCGGCCCACCUCCGACGGGCUGGCCUGCGUCGACUGUGCCCCGGAGUGCGACCAGUGCUUCGGGCCAUUCCCCGACCAGUGCGAGGUGUGCUCGCCGAACCACUUCCUCGACGACACCAACACCUGCCAAAAGUGCGACCCCUCCUGCCAGGGCUGCACCGGCCCCUUCUCCGAUGACUGCCUCGCAUGCGACCAGGGCAACAUCCUUGACCCGGUCACCGGCCGGUGUGGCGGCGGCUGCUCGCCCGGCUAUGGCCCGGAUGCGUCCGGCCCCCAGGGCACCGAGUGCCGGCCCUGCGCCGACAGCGGCUGCUCCAAGUGCGACACGGCCCAGCCCGGGGCCGUGUGCAUCCAGUGCCAAACCGGCCGCUUUGCCAGCCGCGACACCGCCCGCUGCGAGCCCUGCCACAGCCAGUGCCUCGAAUGCUCCGGGCCCCUGCUCGACGAGUGCACCGCCUGCCCGGGGGACCAUGUCCUCCUGGGCGGCCGGUGCCUGGAGGCCUGCCCCCCCGGGUACUUCCCCGACUCCGAGGCGGUGCCCCUCGGCGGGGCCACCUUCUGCGUGGCCUGUGACACCCUGUGCACCGCCUGCACCGGGCCCCAGGCCACCGACUGCACCGCCUGCCUCUCGGGUGCCGAGCUCCAGCCCCCCGGGCCGAAGGGCCGCUGCCAGGCCCCGGACCUCGGCCAAGACCCGGCCCCGGCGUGCGAUGUGGCCAACUGUGCUGCCUGCCUGCCGGGCCAUGCCGACACCUGUGCCACCUGCGCCGAGGACUUCCGCCUGACCCCGACCGCCGCCGAGUGCAUCCCCACCAGCGACCCCUGCCCCGCCGGGUCUUUCCUCCAUGCGGCGACCGACGCCUGCCGGCCCUGCUCCGGCCCCUGCGCCACAUGCAGCCCGGAUGACCCGACCAUUUGCCUCUCCUGCCCGGCCGGUCGGUGGAUCACCGCCGAUGGGGCCUGCGCCAGUGGCGACCUGGCCCGCUGCCCGGCCAACGGGUACUUCGAGCCGGCCAUCGGCGAGUGCCAGCCCUGCGCCCCGGGCUGCCUCACCUGCACCGGCCCCGACAAUGGCCAGUGCACCACCUGCGCCAAGGGCCACUUCCGCUUUGAGGGGGGCUUCUGCGGGCCCCGGUGCCCGGGUCGCCACUUUGAAAUGGCCAUGGACUGCAUCCCCUGCCAUGAGGAGUGUGCCGAUUGCAAUGGCCCCGGGCCGGACCAGUGCAAAACCUGCGACCCGGACAAUGACAUCUUCCAGCGCCUGUGGUCCCACAAGUGCCUGGUCGAGUGCCCGGCGCGGACCUACUACAUCCGCACGGUCGGCUUCUGCAGCCGGUUCAUCUGCAACGCAUGCCCGCCCGGCUGCGUCGAGUGCACCGGCGGCAGCCCCUCCGAAUGCACCCGCUGCCAUCCCACCACCCUCCUGGACCCGGCCGUCGGCUGUGUGACCGCCUGCCCGGAGGGCGCCCCCCUCGUGGAGAAUGGCACCUGCGUGGCGGCCUGCUCGCCGGGUCGCGUCGAUCUCGCCGGCCAGUGUGUCUUCUCCUGCGAGGGCUGCCUCACUUGUGACCCGGCCACCGGGGCCUGUCUCACCUGCCCCGAGGGCAAGAUCCUGUCCUCCGCCUCGCCGGCCACCUGUGCCGAUGCCUGCGCCGCCGACGAGUAUGUCCUGCAGCCGGAGGCGCCCGACGCCGCGCCGCGCUGCGCCGCCUGCCACGAGUCCUGUGCCACGUGCUCCGGCCCGGCGGCCGAUCAGUGCACCUCCUGCCCGGCCGGCUUCUUUGUCCAGGACUCCGUGUUCUGUGUGGCUGUCUGCCCGGUGGGCUUCUUUGGCGACGCCGACACCUGGCAGUGUCGGGCCUGCGCGGCGGACUGCGCCACAUGCACCGGCCCUACCCUGGCCGAGUGCUCGCGCUGCAUGGAUGACCGGCUGCUGCACCAGGAUGCCUGCCUCCCGGUGGGGGUCCCCUGCCCGGCGGUGGGCUUCCACACGGACCCGGCCGCGUAUCGGUGUGUGCCCUGCAGCGCGGACCAGUGCGCCGACUGUGCCGCCGACCCGGACGUCUGCUCGCGCUGCAAGCUGGGCUUCAUCGUCGAGGUGGACCCCCUUUCCGAUGCUACCACUUGCAUCCCCGGCUGCUCCGAUGGCUACAUCGAGGGGCAGGCCCCCGGCGAGGAGACUGUCGUCUGUGUGCCGGGCUGCCGCGAGGGCUUGGUCGUUGGGCCGCCGUCGCCGGGCUCCGGCAGCUCCAGCGUCUCCGGCAGCUCGGGCAGCCUCUCGCCUCCGCCAGCCGGCGACCCGGAGCCGGCCAACUGCCUGCCCGAGUGCCCGGAUGGCUGGUUCGAUCAGUCGGCCAUCUGCGAGGCGUGCCAUGAGAGCUGUCUUACUUGCGAUGCCCCAGGCCCCGACGGGUGCACCGCCCUUCCUCCGACCUCCGACUCGGGCAGCGGUCCGUCCAGCAGUGGCAGCGGCUCGUCCAGCAGUGGCAGCGGCGGCACCAUCAUCGCCCUGGCAGUGGCCAUCCCGAUCGUGGUGAUCAUCCUGGUGGUGAUCCUGGUGGUGGUAUUCAAGGGCAAUAUGUGCGCCAAGAAGCAGACCGAGGGCUUCGAGUUCCAGGUCAUCGAGUAA